AUGCUGCUGUCCGCGCGCGCGACGCCGUUCCAGCUUGCGACGCGCUUCUUCGCGAGCGGCGGCGGCCGAGGCCGAACCUUUCUCGAUCGCCUGCGCGCCGAGCCCGGCCUCGUCAAAUUUCAGUUCUCUCGAUCCUCGGGACCGGGCGGCCAGAACGUCAACAAGGUCAACACGAAAGCGGAGCUGCGCCUGGACCUUCGCCGCGCCGUCGGCGCCGCGGCGCUCCCGCGAGACGUCGCCGACCGCCUCGCCGCCGCGGCCACCGUGACCACCGAGGGCGUCCUCGCCGUCGCGUCCCAGGCGCACCGCACGCAGAAGGGCAACCGCGAGGACUGCGAGGCGAAGCUCGCGGCGCUCCUCGACGACGCGUGGGAUCCGCCGAAGAAGCGGGCGCUCCGCGUCGGCAUCUCGGAGACGACGAAGCGGAAACGCGCCGAGGGCAAACGACGGCGGGGCGACGUGAAGUCGAACCGGGGCCGCGUCGACUAUUGA